CUGAUGGUGUUUCCUCAGAAGAGAGCAUGGAUUGCGAGGAUUCUGCAGUUGACCCAACCAGCUCGGAUUCAGAAGGGGUGGAAACUAUUUGCCCCUCAUCUGGCCCUACAAAGGGUGGAAUUUCUGUACUAAUAACAUUGGGGAGGAAGUUGCCAAGAGGUGUAAAAUCAGGCAUAUGUGAAUUUGUUCAAGUUGGUGUCAGCAUACAGUGGGAAAAGAUUAAUAGCAAAACCAUCAAGUUAACUGUGCCAGCUGCUAAAAAGCCGGGUGCUGUUGUCUUGAGAGUGACAACUGAAACUAAUGAGUUCCUGGGAGAAACCAUCUUUGUGUUUGUGGAUGAAGGACGUGAAGCAAUGGAGACACUCAUUGAAAAUCCAAAAAGCUUUUCUGAAAAUUCUGACUUGAUGCCAAGCUUGUUAAGAGGGUUCAGUAAGCUUGUUAAAGAUCCUUCCAUGCAGAAAACAUUUUUUCACAUGAUGUACUCCCAGGAUGGUGGAAUGAGUGAAAACAACAGCACUGUGGCAGAAAACCUCACUCAGGAUUCUACAAUUCAAGCAAACUAUUCACAAGCUCUUGAAGUUCUUCUGAGACUUGUUUAUAUUGCUGUUGAGGAAGUUGCUCAUCAGUUUAUAGAAAUGAUCUAUAGUACGUCAGCUGGAAAAAUUUUGGUUGGAAGUUACAACAAUGAACUGCCUCUCCCAGAAGAUGUUGCAAGGGCCAAAGGACACUUCAAGUUAGCUGAGUACCUACAGGAUGUAAACAUAAGGUUUUCCAAUGAAAAUGGCAGUGAUGUGCAGUCUAAGUCAAUUGAUUGGUUUGAAUUAUUUCAAGCAGUAGAUAGAAUGCAGACACAACCCUCUGAGUCUGGAGAUGAAAGAGAUUUUGGGGGCAUGCCAUCCCUUGAGGACAGCAACUUGAGUGAUUACUUUGCUGAUGUAGAGCCCUCUUCGUGUGGAUCUUUUGAAGUUGACUCUGAAUGGGCUGUUUCAGAAGUUCCUAAUGAUAAAAAAGAAUCAUCAAGAAUGCAAUCUAAAGAUGAUAACCAAAGUGUUUCCUUUGCUGAUGCUGAAACUUCUCCUUGUGAUUCCCUUGAACUCAUUAGCGACUGGUCUGAUUUAGAAGAAAAGAGUGGGGCUCGCACAGAAGGUGAAGACUGCGAGAAAGCAGCAAUUGAAACUGAUAAUGAUGACUCUGCGUCAUUGCUUCAUGACAGACCUCUUGGGAUUUCUGUAGGGUUUCUCAAAGAAAAUGCCACAGAGGAAUCUUUUGAGGAUAAAACCCAGUUGGGAAGUGAUCAGGACAACAUUGAGAGUCCAAGUAUCUAUGGGAAAUUCUCUGUGGUGAACUUCCCAGUUUACAGAAAGUUGCCUCUACUGCAUGGCUUCGUUCAAUGGCUGUCCAGUAAAGAAGGUGAUUUAUCUGCCGAGCAGCAAGAGAAGUGUUCCCACCAGGCUGAAGAAAUGGGAUCAGUGAGCCAGAAGAAAGGAACUCAAAGGAAAGAUUACAAAGUUCCUGGGCAAAAAUGUGCAACAUCAGAAUCCUCAAGUCAGGAGAAAACGACCAAGUCAAAAAAACAUCGACAACGUGGCCACCGGAGGUUUAAGACAACCUCUCGUAUGAGAUACAUUUUGUUAACUGCUGCUUUGGUGACAGUAUUAGUAGGACUCAAGCUUGGAGAGAGUCAAAUUCUUCACUGGGCCGUUGGUAAUGGAUACACUCAGUUUUCCAAACUUCUUCUGAAGUGUGGGCUUAAUGUGGAUGCUCCUAAUUUCCGCAUGGAAAGUCCUCUUCAUGUAGCAGCAAAAUUUGGUUUCGUUGAUCUCGCCGAUGUUUUGACCAAACUAGGAAGUAACGUCAGCGCCAAGACUUACCAACAACAGACACCUCUUCACUUGGCUGUAUGGAAUGGUCACCAACAAAUUGCAGCAAUGUUAUUACAACGUGGAGGCGAUGCCCAAAGUGGAGAUGUGUUUGGACGUACUCCAGUUCAUCUGGCCGUGGUACAAGGACGAGAACGAAUGCUUGAAAUGUUAAUCCAACAUGGUAGUGCUUUGAAGGCUAGAGACGAUUUAGGACGGACUCCCCUUCAUUUAGCUUCGCUUGAAGGAAAUGAGGGAUCAGUGAAACUCUUAAUCCGAUAUAGGUGCGAAAUAAGUGCUCGAGACAACUCCCUGAAAACUGCGCUUCAUUUGGCUGCAGAGAGUGGACAGGCUACUAUUGUAGGCUCCUUGAUAAUGCGUGGAGCUGAUAUCCAGGCUACAGAUCUCCGUGGACAGACACCUCUCCAUUUGGCUGUAGGGAAUGGUCACCAUCAAAUUGCAGCAAUUUUAUUACAACGUGGAAGCGAUGCCCAACGUGGAGAUGGGUUUGGACGUACUCCAGUCCAUCUGGCCGCAGUACAAGGACGAGAACGAAUGCCUGAAGUGUUAACCCAACAUCAGGGGUUUCAUUAAAAUUUGGAGCAGGAGGGCAUCUGGAUUUCACAGGCGGGCAUCUGUCUGCAAGGCCCAAAGGGCCUUGCCUUACUGGGGGGUCCGGGGGCAUGCUCCCCCUUAAAUUUUUGAAAUUCUACAGUUGCAGAGAUCCAGUUUCCACCAUUUUGAAGCACAAACUAACAUCCCAAAGUAACCAGCUCUUUUUAAAUUAUGAUUUGAUGCAUCAGUCAACAGACAAAUUAGUAGAUUUGCUUUUGCAACAUUUGGUUGCAUGGUAAGGUCACUACAAGCUAUUUUAGUAACAUCAUGUAUUUCAUUAUUUGCCAAGUUCUCGGAAGGCGUUGUUUCUGUGCAGCUAUCAUUUGCUGGGAUCUCAGAAGACAUGGUUUCUGUGCAAAUAUAGAGUGGAAUAUAAGUGUAAACGAUUGUUAAG